GUCUCGCCCCGCCCAGGAAGGCCUCGGUGACUAUUCACAAGCGCCAGAGGCGAGUUUCAGCCAGAAAAGCCGGUUGAGUCCCAGUCACCGGAAGGCGUCAAGCGGCUGAGGUUAGAUUUGUUAAAAGAAUCCUGAUACGUUACUAUCAUGGCCACUGUUCAGCUCUCUCGCUCUAUCAGAAUUCACAAGACAUCUAAGAAAACAGUUUUCCCAUCUCAAAUCACUAACGAGCAUGAGUCACUGAUAAUGGUGAAGAAACUGUUUGCUACUUCUAUCUCGUGUAUAACGUAUCUGAGGGGCCUAUUUCCAGAGAGCUCUUACGGAGAACGCCAUUUGGAUGACCUCAGUUUAAAAAUCCUCCGAGAAGAUAAAAAAUGUCCUGGGUCACUGCAUAUUAUCAAGUGGAUUCAAGGUUGUUUUGAUGCUUUGGAAAAGAGAUACCUACACAUGGCAGUACUAACACUUUACACAAAUCCCAAGGAACCUGAGAAAGUGACUGAGAUAUACCAGUUCAAAUUCAAAUACACACAAGAAGGCGCCACUAUGGAUUUUGACAGCAGUAACACAAGCUUCGAAAGUGGGACAAACAGUGAAGAUAUUAAGAAAGCCAGUGUUCUGCUGAUCCGUAAACUGUACACGCUGAUGCAGAACCUUGGACCCCUUCCUAACGAUGUUAUACUGACUAUGACUCUCCACUACUACAAUGCAGUGACCCCAAACGAUUACCAGCCCCCUGGCUUUAAAGAAGGAGUAAGCUCGCACUUCCUGCUGUUCGAAGGGGAGCCUGUAAACCUUCAAGUGGGAAUGGUCUCCACUGGCUUUCACAGCAUGAAAGUAAAAGUCACAGCCGAAGCCACCAGAGUGUCUGAUCUGCAGAGCAGCCUCUUCCAGGAGAGCGACACGACCGAGAUCGCCCACCAGGGCCUCGACUGCGAUGAGGAAGAGGAGGAACGCAACACUGACAUGCAAAAGAUGAAUUUCGUGUGCAGUCAGCAAAGUUCUGAGAGAUCCGGAAAGAAGAGGAAGGUCAGCGAACCAGUGAAAGUCUUCAUCCCUGACAGAAAGUGAAACUUGGCUGCCUUUGCUACUUUUAUUCUAAAAUAAGUUCAUUUUGCAACAAGUGUGCGUGAAGUGUUUUAGUAGGAAAGUAAGUUUCUAUCACCAAAACCCUUUACUAAAUGUGUUGCUCAAC